UUUUAUAACCUGGAAAUUCAAGUGAUUAUGUUGACUUUACAAAUGCAUUGUGUUAGAGAAUAGUUGUAAGGUAGAAAAAGAAUGAUACACUCUGUAGGUAAAGGGUUGUAACCAUCUGUAACAAUUCUUAUGAAGUUAAAAUUGAUUCUUUAGCUGCUAUUAUUAAUUAGAUUUACAAAGUCACAAAAAUUGGGUGAGCUGUCUUGUAUUUUAUUCUUACUUUUCAGGCAGGCAGUUGAAGGAAGAGGACAAGUGUUUUGUCCAUAGCUUCCAGAACCUCUGACCUCUGAACUGAAGGUUCAUAGCCGUUGAGCUAGAAAUUACUUGGGUAUUAUCCAGUAAUGAACUCUAUUUACUCCUUGUUUUACUGACAGGAGUAAAAUGGAAUAUAAAGUAAUCUAUUAUUUAAAAAUUGCAAUAAGCAUUCUUUGAAGGAACUCAGAAAUGUACUUAUUAAUGAGCUUAGAAUGUAGAUUAAAAGAAUGUAUACCUAUAUAUUCAUCCAAGGAACACGUGUCAAUCUCUCGAAGCAUUAUUGUGGGAGGAUUUAAUAGGAAUCAUCUUUGAAACCCACCUCACUUUAGAGGCCAGAAAAUUCACUCUGCAUUACAACAAGCAAACCUUCCCCUCCCCACCCUUCCCCAGCCUCCAAUUUGAGAAACUCAAUAGGAACAUGACAAGGAGGCUGAGCUCUCUGAAGCUAAUUCCUGGCUGGUUCUGUUGGCCUGGGAGAGGCAGGCACAGUUUGCCCUGUGGAUAUGGAGUGUGCAAGGAAGGGAGAAAAAGAAGGCCACCCAGACUCUGUGCUGCCGGGUUCCCAGAGCCUGGGUGCUAGAACUUAUGCUUCUUAAAAUUCUUUAGAGGAAAAGGCAAAGCUGUGUGUUUUUAUAAACUCUUAUUUAUAGAUUUUGAGGAACUUUUAUGUUUUAUUACCAAAUAUUUUAGUUCAGUACUUCAAUUUUUUUACAUGAGUUUUUAAACAUGAAAAAAUAUUUUAAGAGUGAAUAAUACUGCCUAAUGUAUGGUGAUGGGAGAAGAUUUGACUUUGGGUCAAAUCUUUGGGUGGUGGGCACGCAAUGCAAUAUACAGAACUUGUAACAUAGAAACCCACAUGACUGUAUUAACUAAUGUUACCCCAGUAAAUUUAAUUUUUAAAAAGUGAAUAGUAAAUUGAACCCUUAUGUACUGAUCAUGUAGAUUUAGCAAUUACCAAUAUUUUGCCCCAGAUACUUCAUAUAAUCCCUCAUUUCCUUCUUCUUUGCUAAAGUAUUUCCCUGAUAGCAUUUCAUUUUGCCCCCACAUCCUUCAGUGAAUAUCUCUAGAAAAUAGGGUAAUUUUCUUAUAUUAACCAGAAUGCCAUUAUCACACCUAACAAUAAACCAUGAUUUCUUGGUAUUACCUAAUACCCGGGCAAAAUCAAUUGCCCUGAAGGUAAAAAAUGUGGUUGGACAGUAAUUUUGUUCUAAUCAGGAUCCACAUGAAGUCCACCCACCACAUCUGGUUGUGUUUUCUUAAUCUUUCAGUCUAGAGCAGUGGUUCUCAACCUUCCUAAUGCCGCGACCCUUUAAUACAGUUCCUCGUGUUGUGGUGACCCCCAACCAUAAAAUGAUUUUCGUUGCUACUUCAUAACUGUAAUUUUGCUACUUUUAUGAAUCGUAAUGUAAAUAUCUGAUAUGCAGGAUGUAUUUUCAUUGUUACAAACUGAACAUAAAGCAUAGUGAUUAAUCACAAAAACAAUAUGUAAUUAUAUAUGUAUUUUCCGAUGGUCUUAGGCGACCCCUGUGAAAGGGUCGUUCAAACCCCAAAGGGAUCGCGACCCACAGGUUGAGAACCGCUGAUCUAGAGCAAGAAAAUUCCCCUCUGUUUUCCCCUCCCCCCUUCCCCAUGUCAUUGACUAUUGCAAAAACGGGGUCAGGGAUCCUGUAGAAUAUUCCACCUUCUGGAUUUGUUUGUUCUCUUGUGCUAUAAUUUAACUUGUUUCACUGUACCCUGAAUGGAAACCUUUUCCUAUUUUGAAUGUAAGUCUGAGAGGCUAAACUCAGUGGCUGUUAACAUACACCUAUAUAGCACACUAGAGAAAGCAGGAUAUGGCUCAUAAUUGCAAUGGUGAAGACUUGAGAAUGCAGCUACUAAUUAGCAUCUACAUGGAGGAUUGACAUAAGGUUCAUGUUAAGGGUAUCACAUCUGCUUGAACUCACAAACUUAUACUAUAGAGAAUCAAAGGUCCUACAAUAAGUCUAUGGAAAUACUCAUUGUAGUAAAUUGUAACAGAAUGAAUCCCCAGACUUGCUUCAAGUAACUGACAUUUCAACUUGAAAGGACAUUGCCAAGGUUGGAGGCCCCCAAGUUUCCUUCUGUUCCAAAUCUUGGUGUGAUGGCACUGGUGUCUCUGAUGUGUGGCAGAUACCGGGACGAGUAAAGGAAUGCCUCUUGGCCAAAAGACUUGAGUCACCAAGCUGCCAUGCCUGCUAACUGCUGACUUUCCCUGCUGUGUGAAGCUGAGGUGGUGCUGCCCACGUCGGGCAGAGUGUGAGUUGCCGCUGAAGGGCAGAAGAGGCCCCCCUUCGGCUUCUCAUCCCAGGAUGCCCACGUGUCCAUGAGAAGGUCUGGGUGAUUUCAGUGAACCCAGAUAAGCUUGUCACCUCUGACUCCGUUCACCAGCUGGAGUUCCAGUCCCAGGUGACAUGUCUUCAUCAGUGACGUCAGAGCCACAUUUAGCUGUGGAUGCCGAGGAAAUCCCUCAGCAGAGAUUUUCUGAUGGAAGCAGUGCACUAAGGACAACCGGGCCCUUCUCUGCUACUCUCAGAGGGCCAUCACUCCUCACCCCUCCAGGCAUCAUGAGGAAUUCUUUACAUUCUUAUUCUCUUCUUCAUUUCUCCAUGGCUCUGGUGCUGAAAAAAGGAAGGCAUAAAAGUGUACAGCUGGGGUUCCUGGAGAUGGAAUUCCACUAUGCUCAGCUACUUGAGUGAGCCUAGGAUCCUUGGUGCCAUUCAUUUGUAUAUUCAUAUAGCACACACUCACUGAGGGCUAUCUAUAUGCCCCCAAUGGGAUUUGGCACAUUGAUGUAUUGGGGCAGGUGGAGACAGACCUGAUUCAGUCUCUGAGCAACUGCUCUAGGAAUCCACUGUGGGGAUGUUAGGCUGGAGCCCAGAAGGCAUUAGGGGGCAUAUGACCAAAGGAGGCAGUAAGAGGUAUAGAAGGAGCUGAUUCCUGAGGGAGAGAGUGUAAACUGUAAAGAUGAGACUAAAGUUUGAAUCUUGGGACAUUAAUCAAAGUGAGUCUUAAAACUUGAUUGUUGCUGAUUUUUUGUUGUUUUGUUCAUCUUCACCUAAGGAUAUUUUUUCACUGAUCUUUUAAAGUGUAAAAGAGGGAAAGGCAGAGAGAAACAUUGAUGUGAGAGAAACACAUUGAUUGGUUGCCUCCCGCACAUGCUCCAACCAGGGUCCGGACAAGGUACAUGACCAUGACUGGAAUUGAACCCGGGACCCUUUGGUCUGCAGGCUGAUGCUCUGUUCACUGAGCCAAACUGACUAGGGCUGACUGUUGAUGAUUUUAAGCGGAAAAAUUGAGUAAAUAGGAUGGGUUGCCUACAAGAGUACUUUUCUACAAGGAAUGGUCAUAUAUACUUGUUUUAGAAUACCCGGGACAGCGGAGGUGGUGGGUGGUCACCUCCUUUUCUUGUGGCCCAAGAACUUAGGUUUCCAGGAAUUUGACUCAUUGAGCCACUGAAGAUUUAAUACAAUAGGGCUACCCAGAUCCCUUUGUCUUGAUUUGCUUUAAAAACCAAAGAUGAUAGGAGAAGGCAAGCAAGGGAAAUAUAUUAAUCCCAAGAAUUGAACAGAGCAAAAAAUUCUGUUGCUCUUGUACCUCAAACAUCUCCCCAUGGGCUCAUCCCUUACACUCUAGUCUAGAUGGUUCAUAUGCGUACAUUCCAUGCCCCCACUUAGCGUCUGUUUCUUAUGUUCUAGCUCCAAACCUAUCAAAACCUUUCCUUGCCCUUCCAGGUGUUUCCAGUGCUGUGCACUUGCUCUUAGAACCCCUUGCUUUCCACUCGUCUAUAACCCCUACUUAUUGGAACAUAGUACUAAGAACCUUAGUCUGUCAGAUCAGAGUACUUGGUGAAGAAGAAGAGGUUUUCAUCUGGCCUAUCUCCGGCUCCCAGUUUUAGCCUGGAACUUCACAGUUGCAGUGUGCUCACAACUGUUUUUGCUGAACUGAGGUGCACAGUCUCCUUGGGAAGAGAGGAUCUGUGCAUAGAUCGUCUGGGGAGCUUGCCCCUGCAGGGGCCUGUGGACUAGUCAUGUAUUAGAAUGCCCAAGAAUGACCUCAUAAAGCAAAGAUUCUCCUCGUGGAUCCUUCUCUGAGGUCGUUGGAAUCUAGAUGCCGAGGAAAUCCCUAAGCAGAGAUUUCCUGUUAGACGACAAAAGCGAGGAAUAAAAAUUGAACAUUGGGAAAAUGUCUCGACAUCAUACCCGCCCAAGGAUCAUUCCCAGUACCCUGUUGGAUAAUGCAUCGAUGUUCUGGGAAAGAAUCAGGACAUUUCAGAGGAAAGAUACUCAGUGUCAGGCAUUUGUGAAGAGAGUCAUAACGAGUAAUCUGUUUAAGAUAAUUAUGAUUAGCACCAUCUCAAUGAAUGCUUUUUUGGUGGUCUUAUGGACUGAUUAUAAAACAAGAUACAGGUUUUUCAGAGUUUUUGAGAUCUCAGAGAUCUUAUUUGUGGCCAUAUACAGCGCCGAGUUCUACAUGAAUCUCUACGCCGACCCCAUUGGCUUCUGGAAGGACGGCUACAAGCUGCUAGACUUGAUGUUGAUCAUCGUCAUCUCAUUCCCCUACUUUCUCCACAAGAUCAAGGGCAAGCACUACCCUCACCUCAAGAUCGCUAAUGGCAUGCAGUCUCUGCGCAUCCUCAAGCUCAUCACCUAUAGCCGGGGCAUCCGGACGCUCAUCACCGCCAUUGGGCAGACAUUCUACACUGUGGCCUCCGUGCUCAUCCUGUUCUUCAUCCUGAUGUACAUCUUCGCUAUCCUGGGCUUCUGCCUGUUUGGAGCUCCAGAUAAGGGUGACCAGGAAAACUGGGGGAACCUGGCUGUGGCCUUCUUUACCCUCUUCAGCUUGGCGACGGUUGAUGGCUGGACAGACCUGCAGCAGCAGCUGGACAGCAGGGAUUUUUUUCUGAGCCGAGCAUUCACCAUCAUCUUCAUCUUGCUUGGCUCCUUCGUCUUCCUCAGCAUGUUCGUGGGUGUGAUGAUCAUCCACACCGAGAACUCCAUCAAAAAGUUUGAGCGGGAGCUGAUGCUGGAGAGGCACAUGACGCUCAUGAAAGAGAAGCAGGUGAUCGUGAAGCGGCAGCAGGAGGAAGUCAGCAGGCUGAUGCAGACACAGGCAAAUGUUGACUACAAAAGUUUUGGUGAACUGGUGGAGAACUUCAAGAACACCCUGCAGCACACUGACCCCAUGGUCUUGGAUGAUUUUGGCACUAGCCUGCCCUUCAUCGACAUCUAUUUUUCCACUCUGGACAACCAGGACACUACGACUUACAAGCUCCAAGAGCUGUACUACGAGAUGGUGCACGUGCUGAACCUGAUGCUUGAUGACUUGCCCCAGAAGAAGCAGUUCCAAUCCUCAGCAAAGGUUGAUGAGAAGUAGUGUGACUGGGCACCCGGCGCUGAGGGCCUCCCUGGCUGUGGCAGCCCCCAUUAAACACAGGCUUUCUGAACCCGCCUCUUCACGGUUGCUGUGAUCAUGGCGUUUCCCCACCUUUGGGGGUUGGGUCUGGACAGGUGCCCAUGACGCCUGAUCCUCUGACACCAUCUACCUCAUGACGCAGCCAGGCCGCUGGCGUGGGAGAAGGAGGCUCAAGACUCAUCCUGGCCAGUGGCCACUUCCAGGGCCACACUGGGUCUCUUUUCCUUGACCCCAGCAGCAAGGCCCCACUGUGUUUCUGGGAAAGCCACCUGAGGACUCCAGGCCUAGCAGCCCCGAGUGCCUGGCCCCUUUGAGCUGAUGUGGCCUCUUCCCUCGGAACCUCUCUGGGCUCACCUACGGGCCGUCCCCAUACCUGGCAGAGCUGCAGCUCUCUGUGGGCCCUUUGCUCUGGGGACCCCUCUUCGGAGUCGUCUCUGCUUUCUCCUAGGCUCGCAGUGGUCGUGCACCAGGCGUGCAGCUGUGACUGGCAGGACUCUGUUGUGCGGCCAUGGAGCUCAGGGUGGGCGCGUCUGGCUGGCCAGCAACAGGCACUUUGGGCUGCUUCCCCUCUUAUGGUUGGUGAGGACCCCCCACGGAAAACGUGCAAUUUUUUGCAACAUUCCUAGCCACAUGACUGCCAGAGCUGCCCAGGGCCUGAUACCAACUGCUGUGGUCAUGAUGGAGCCAUCUGAAGGCCCAGGUAGGGCAGGGUGGCUGGUACCCCCUGUUCCCAAAUGGGCCAGGCCAGAGGUCUGGCUGUUGCCCUCUGCUCCACUGCUGGGAGUAUUCUUGAGGCCUGUCACCUUGGCAGUGACAUCUCAGACAGAGGGAGGGGUGGGUUCUGGGUAGACCUGGUGGGGGAGACCAGCACCCAUAGUAGAGUCCAGAAAGAUCCCAGACCCACACUGGGGAGUCAGGUCAGCAGAAAACACAUCAGGUAGAGUUGAGAGUGACUGGACAAAAGGGUCCCAUGGGCUCUAGGCCAGGGUGGCAGCACCCCUGAGGCCACAUGACAAGGGCAGGUGGAAACCUAUAUUCAUCGUUUCAUUUAUACAUUGACUGCUUACUGAGCUGUGUUGGGUACUGGGGGUUCUGUGAAGAGGAGCCCACAAUCUAGUCCUGGUCCCCUGGUGCCUACGGUUGUGUAGGGGAGACAGAAGUCCAGUCAGACUGGAAGAAAGUUUCCCUGAGGAAGUAACAAUAUUUGUUUGCAGAGAGCACGCAUCUUCCAAGAGACUCAAGUCAUUUCCAUUUGCAAAUGUUCACACUCUCAGGACCAAAUUGAGAAUUGUGUGAACAAUGCCAAGGAUAGCUCUGGAGAGUGCGGCCUGUGGCAUGCUCUGGGGAGCCCUCUGGGGCAGGGAUUGUGCUGCUCCCUGUGGUGGAGAGGACUUUGUGCCAAUGCCUGGGGAGGUGGGCCUGAAGUUAGCAGGGUGUCUGUGCCCUAGGAGGGCAGGGAGAAGCCAGGGCCUAUGCGUUGAAUGCCUGACCAGGAGGGCCGGUGGCUUCUAAGGGUGGUCUGGUGGGUGGGCACAGGGCAGGCGGGCCUUAGGCAAUGGCUCCUUUUAGGGGGAAGGAGGGAAAGCAGACAUUGCCAAGUGCUCACACUGGCUGUGCCAACCUCGUUCCGGGGGAUAUGAAAACACAUCCACCUGCUCUCACUGGGUCCCCUGGGCAACGCCCCAGGCAUCUUGAAGCUUCCUUCAGGGAGGCAAGUUAGAAAGCACUGAGGUUUUGGAGUCAGGAUACCUGGAUUCCUUCAUCUGGUGACCUUAGGCAAUAUAUCUGGCCUUUGGAAACCUCAGCUGUUUCUUCUGAGAAAUGGGCUGAUAAACUGACCAGAUAUAAGGAUCAAAUAAAAAAAGACGUAGUCAACUUAUGGUUUGUGCUUUCUGGCUGUCACCUCUGCCUCUGCUUAGUGGCCAAAUGCAGAGUGGGCUAUGCCAGUCAGGGGCUGAGUUGCGGUGGCAAGAGAGUAAGAAGUAAGAGCAGGGAGCAGCGGUCAGACCCCUGCGGAGGGUGGGGGUGAUUGGGUCCCCAGAUGGAGCUGGUGCAGAAUGGGCACACGUAAGGCGGGCCUGGCGGGAAGGUCUGGGCCCCAGGCCCAUCAGGGAAGUCAUGAGCAUGGGCCACUGGGCUGUGGUGAGCUGCUUUUAAGGGCAAAGGCAGAAGGCUGUCACAGAGCAGAGAACUGUGAGUGGUGACAUGCGGAGGGCUGGCCCAACACUGCUGGCAGGGCAGGCCGACGGAUAUUUGGCGCAGAGUCCCAAAGCAGCAUUUCUGUUUGGCUCUAUUUGCCUGUAGAGCAAACACUGGCAGAUUGGAAUUCCCACUUGGGCUCUCACCAACGCAAACAGGCUUUCAAUUGAUUUGCUCGGGGCAGAGUGGCUCUGCUUGUCCAGGCCUGGUGGUGGGAAGCAGGACCCUCCUCCCCACCCCCG